AUUACUUUGUCGCUGCUGGUCCGGCUCGGGGAUAGUACGCUCGCUUUCACACGCCAACAUGCUCUAAAGUUGAUAUUUGUCCUCUCUCGGAAGCCCCCUGACGUCCCGCCGAGUGCGUACUUGACUGGAAGAAGUAGCUUGUGCGAGGAUGAACACGUCGCCGAAGGUGCGCCUGUAGCGAACCUCCCGUCGCUUGCCGCGCCGUCCCCCACUAGACUCCUCCGCCCCCUCCCACUAUUGAAUUUUUUUUUUCUCCCACUGGAGGCGGAGCGCCCACGUGCGAAUUCAUGAUCGCAUGACCGUGGAUAUGGACACAGUCCUGAGCCACUUUGUCAAGAACACGGGAGCAGAACCAGGAUUGGCCAGAGACCUGCUAGAAGGCAAGAAGUGGGACUUGAGCGCGGCCCUCAGUGACUUUGAACAGCUGCAAGCGGUGCAUGCUGGGAGCUUGCCGUACUUCCUCCCAGAGGAGAGGAUGUACCUGCCUCCCGAAAAGGAGAUGGCCGGACUCGGACGGCCUUUACUCCAGCGCCAAGACCAGGUGGUGCUUGCUCCCGAAAAGCAUCAGCCGAGGGCCGCCUCCCGCGGCAGCUCGCCCGUCGCCUUCUUGGCAUGCACGCACACCACCAACGCCGAGCAGCUGCUCAACACGCCCGAGUUCACCUUCCAGCUGCCGGACCUCAGCAUGUACCAGGACGACUUCAGGGUCACCGAGAGGGACCUGAUCGAGAAGUCCAUGAUGAUGGCGCUGGAGCACGCAGGGCGGCUCAACUGGUGGACCAAGGUGGUUCCAAACUGUCAGAGUCUGCUGCCCCUGACCACAACCGGAGACGGAAACUGCCUCCUGCACGCCGCCUCGCUCGGUAUGUGGGGCUGUCAUGACCGGGACCUGUCGCUACGCAAGGCCCUGCUGGAGCAGAUGUCUCACGGCGCCGAGCAGGAGGCCCUGAAGCGCCGCUGGAGGUGGCAGCUAACCCAGCAGAACAAAGAGUCCAGCCUGGUUUACAGUGAGGAGGAGUGGCAGAAAGAGUGGAAUGAACUACUGAAACUGGCCUCCAGCGAGCCCAGAGUCAACUACAGCAACAACGUCAACACCAGGGGGGAGUCCUCAGACGAGCCCGUCUACGAGAGUUUAGAGGAGUUCCACGUCUUCGUCCUGGCCCACGUCCUCAAAAGGCCCAUCGUGGUGGUGGCCGACACCAUGCUGAGGGACUCUGGAGGAGAAGCCUUCGCUCCCAUCCCGUUUGGGGGAAUCUACCUACCUCUGGAAGUGGCAGCUGCCAAGUGCCACCGCUCACCGCUGGUCCUGGCCUACGACCAGGCGCAUUUCUCCGCUCUGGUCCCCAUGGAGCAGAAGGACAGCUCCAACGAGCAAGUGGUGAUCCCGCUCACCGACUCGGAGCACAAAAUGCUGCCUCUGCACUUUGCUGUGGACCCCGGAAAAGACUGGGAAUGGGGCAAGAACGACAUCAACAACACGACGCUGGCCAGCGUGGCUCUCUCUCUGGAGGCGAAGCUCCAGAUGCUGCACGGCUACAUGAACGUCAACUGGCUGCCGCUGCCCUACGAGCAAGCCCCGCUGGCACAGCCUGAGUCCCCCACCGCGUCCGCCGGGGAGGACGCCCGCACGCCUCCAGACUCGGGCGAGUCGGACAAAGAGUCGGUCAGCAGCAGCUCCAAUGGCAACGGAGACGGCGGCACCGCGGCCAACGGCGGCGGUCCGUCGGUCAAGAACGGCUCCUCGGUCUCGUCGGGACACAGAGACAAAGGCAAGAAGGACAAGAAGAGGGCGGAGUCUGUGGCCGACAAGCUUGGCAGCUUCAGCAAGACUCUGGGCAGCAAGCUGAGGAGGAACGUAGGCCUCAUGGCGGCCAGGAGGGAGGGCGGGUUUAAGAAAAAGACCUCCAAGAACGUUAAAGAUGGCUCCCCGACCGCCAACGUCUCUGAGGAUUCCGGGAAGGGUUCCCCCUCCUCGGGCAGCGAGCGCCUCAACGGGACGGGCAGCAGCACGGACAGCGACACCUACAAGUACAGCGCCGACGUCAAAGUCAGCCUGGGAAUCCUGCGGGCCGCCAUGCAAGGCGAGAGGAAGUUCGUCUUCGCCGGCAUGCUCGCCACGGACAACCAGCACCCGCUUCGCGAGCAGAGGAUCCAACGGUACCUCACCGAAGUGGAGGAGCGCUUCCGAGCCGAGCAGGAGCAGCGGCGAGAGGCGGAGCGUAAGGGCGUGGCCUACGCCAAGAAGGAGGCGGGCGGCGAGCUGAACUACCGAUCUUACGAGGCCAAAGAGGAAGUGUGCGAGAGCUCGUCGCCGUCUUUGAAGACCAACAUCCUCAGCCCGGAUGUGUACUCGCGCUUCAUGACCAUCCCACGAGCGUCCGUCAACGAGCCGCACCUUCAAGUACUCAACAGAGAUAAUCGGCGCCAGCUAGCCGGCGGCUCUUCCAACAACGAAGUGCCGUCUUACGCCACCCUCCCGCGCCCCUUCCCCACGGGCCCCUCCCCCACGGGCCCCACCCGCCCUCUGUGCAAUAACUCGCAAGGCCACGACACGUCCUUCAGCCCCGCCUCCAUGGCGCUGUCGUACCACGCCGAGUUUCCCCCGCCAGACUACUCCGGUUGCGAGCCCGGUGGGCGGAGCUUCCAGGAGCCCGGCAGACAUUACUCCCUGGGUGGCGCUGGCGGCUUGCAGUCCAUUCACUGUCAGACGCCGAACUGCAACUACUAUGGACAUCCUGAGACGGGAAACUACUGCUCUUACUGCUACAGGGACAAGAAGGACACACAAGCCGACAUCCAAAGGUUCUAAUGGACCUGGGUCGGACCUUCUCUAGGACACGUGUGGACCACAGGGUUCUAAUGACCACGUCUGGGUCUGACCUGCUCUAGGACACGUGUGGACCACAGGGUUCUAAUGACCACGUCUGGGUCUGACCUGCUCUAGGACACGUGUGGACCACAGGGUUCUAAUGGACCACACCUGGUUUUAACCUUCUCUGGGACACGUGUGGACCACAAGGUCCUAAUGGACCACACCUGGUUCUAACGGAAGACAUUUAGUUCUUCCUCCUUUUAGCCCCAGCGAGAUUUAAACAGGUGAUCUCUGAGCGUUUGAACGUAGAAUCUAAUAACUGCACUUCUGUUACCUUUUACUGCGGCUUUUAUACUUGUGUGUGUGUGUGUGUGUGUGUGUGUGUGUGUGUGUG